AUUCGCGUUGACAGGCAGCGAAAGCAACAGCAGCAGCCCAGCAGCAGCCCUCCUCCCUCCUGUCCCUCCCUGCACACACACACAGCCCUGGAGGAAGGAAAGCCAAUAGCAGAGAGCAGGGCGCAAAGCAGCAGCAGACACAGACCAGAAAUAAGGAAGGAUCGCAGCUUCUCUGCACAGGCAUCAUGUGGGUCUGUCUGUAAGAGGGGUGGGGGGGACAGAUCCCCUCUCCUUCCCUCCCCCACCCCACUCCCCCUUCAACACAGGCAUACACAGAGACGCGCACACCGACAAGGAAGAGGAGGCGAGAGAGCCGCAGAGGCCGCGGGAAUAAUAAGAGAAUUGAUUGUGAAAAAAGAAAGCAGAAGAAAUAUUUCCUGGCCAAGAUGGCGGACUUGGAGGCUGUGCUCGCUGAUGUGAGCUACUUGAUGGCUAUGGAGAAAAGUAAAUCUACACCAGCAGCCAGAGCAAGCAAGAAGAUCGUACUACCUGAGCCGAGCAUCCGCAGUGUUAUGCAGAAAUACUUGGAAGACCGGGGUGAGGUGACAUUUGACAAGAUAUUUUCCCAGAAGAUUGGAUUCCUGCUGUUUCGAGACUUCUGCUUGAAUCAGGUGGAGGAGGCCAAACCACUGGUGGAGUUCUAUGAAGAGAUCAAAAAGUAUGAAAAGUUGGACUCCGAGGAAGAUCGAGCUAUUAAGAGCCGCCAGAUCUUUGACAUGUACAUCAUGAAGGAACUGUUGUCCUGCUCUCAUCCGUUCUCCAAGACCGCCACAGAGUAUGUGCAGAGCCGCCUCAGCAAGAAGCAAGUGCCACCAGACCUCUUCCAGCCAUACAUUGAAGAGAUCUGCCAGCGCCUUCGUGGGACUAUCUUCCAGAGAUUCAUUGAGAGUGACAAGUUCACACGCUUUUGCCAGUGGAAGAAUGUGGAGCUGAAUAUCCAUUUGACCAUGAAUGACUUCAGCGUCCAUCGGAUCAUUGGGCGUGGUGGCUUUGGCGAAGUCUAUGGCUGCCGGAAAGCAGACACAGGCAAAAUGUAUGCCAUGAAAUGUCUGGAUAAGAAGCGAAUUAAAAUGAAGCAGGGAGAGACCCUGGCCCUGAACGAGCGCAUCAUGCUGUCACUUGUCAGCACUGGGGAUUGCCCCUUCAUCGUGUGCAUGUCAUAUGCCUUCCAAACACCUGACAAGCUCAGCUUCAUCCUGGACCUCAUGAAUGGGGGUGACCUACAUUACCACCUCAGCCAGCAUGGGGUCUUCUCCGAGACUGAGAUGCGUUUCUAUGCAGCAGAGAUCAUCCUGGGGCUGGAGCACAUGCACAACCGCUUUGUGGUGUACCGUGACCUCAAGCCAGCCAACAUCUUGCUAGAUGAGUUUGGCCAUGUCCGCAUCUCAGAUUUGGGGCUUGCCUGUGAUUUCUCCAAGAAGAAGCCUCACGCCAGUGUUGGCACACACGGGUACAUGGCGCCAGAGGUGCUGCAGAAGGGCGUAGCCUACGAUAGCAGCGCGGACUGGUUCUCUCUAGGCUGCAUGCUCUUCAAACUACUGAGGGGGCAUAGCCCCUUUCGGCAGCACAAGACUAAGGACAAACAUGAGAUUGACCGUAUGACACUCACUAUGUCUGUGGAGCUGCCUGACUCCUUCUCAGCUGAGCUGCGCUCUCUGCUGGAGGGGCUGCUACAGAGAGAUGUCAACCGCCGCCUGGGCUGCAUGGGCCGUGGGGCCCUUGAGGUAAAGGAGAGUCCCUUCUUCCAGGGUGUGGACUGGCAGAUGGUUUUCCUCCAGAAGUACCCACCCCCUUUGAUCCCACCUCGUGGAGAGGUGAAUGCAGCUGAUGCUUUUGACAUUGGUUCCUUUGAUGAAGAGGACACAAAAGGAAUCAAGCUGCUGGAUAGUGACCAGGAGCUGUACCGCAACUUUCCACUCACCAUCUCAGAGCGCUGGCAGCAGGAGGUGACCGAGACUGUUUUUGAGACCGUCAAUGCUGAGACUGACAAGCUGGAGGUCCGCAAAAGAGCCAAGAACAAGCUUCUGGGCCAUGAGGAAGAUUACGCCCUGGGCAAAGACUGUAUCAUGCAUGGCUACAUGUCAAAACUGGGGAACCCUUUCCUCACUCAGUGGCAGAGGCGAUACUUCUACCUCUUCCCAAACCGGCUGGAGUGGCGUGGAGAGGGAGAGUCCCCGCAGUCCCUGCUCACCAUGGAGGAGAUCCAGUCAGUGGAGGAGACACAGAUUAAGGAUCGAAAGUGUAUCCUGCUUAAGAUUCGAGGAGGCAAACAGUUUGUCCUGCAGUGUGAUAGUGACCCCGAGCUGGUGCAAUGGAAGAAGGAACUGCGCGACGCCUACCAGGAGGCUCAGCAGCUGCUGCAGAGGGUGCCCAAGAUGAAACAUAAGCCCCGCUCUCCGGUGGUGGAGCUGAGCAAGGUCCCACUGAUCCAGCGCAGCAGCAGCAGCACCAACGGCCUCUGACCCUCUUUGCUGCCCCUUCCCAUCCUUAAUUUAUUCAGCUGGGUUUGUCCACCGUCCCCACCCUCUCUCCCGUCUCUUUUUGCUGAUCGUCGUGACGUCCACCCCAGCCCCCUGGGGUAUUCUAGUGAGGGGGUGGGGCAUCCAGAAGAUGUGGGACAUGUGCCUCCCAAGCACAUGGGGACUGAUACCCAUUGAAGGGGAAGGAGCCUAGCUGGUAAGGUGGAUAAGAGUCUGCCCUUCCCCUGCUAAGCAAGGCUGGGAUUAAGACCCUGCUUCUAAACAGGACCAACGGAAGGGGAUGUUCUGAGGUGUGCCGUGCAUCUAGAGCACUUCCUGCUUCCCUCCCUCUGGUGCCAAACGCGUUAGUGUGCAUAUGAGGACCAUCACAGAGCCUGCUAGCUGAAGUGCUGCUCUUCAUGUGGUGAGUUCCCUUACACUAGCAGGAAUGAGAAGACAGCCACAUGACAAUCUGAAUCCCAGCCCCUUUGUAUUCUAGCUCCCGGCUCUGGCGAUGGUUGCACAGCCAGUCCUAAAGAAAGGGUACUCUGGUUCUGGCAGGAAGUGCUCAGGAGAGCACAUUUUUCACUGCCACUGCCCCCUUUGCUCAAAGAGUUAGGCAGCCAUUGUGCCAGAAGUAUCUCUCUUUCAGGACUGGCUGAGUUUCCAUUCUAGGGAUUGGAAGGAAUUGCCUUGAAGUUGUUACACCUUUCUAACAAAAAUGAAGGUUUGCCCCUGUUUUCUUCCCCCUCUCCAUACAAUCAUGUGUUCUUGAGUCCCAGUCCUUAAUCCUCACCUGUGCCCUCCUCUUGUCCCACUAGCUGCCAUUCCAGAUCUGAGAUCUCUGACUUGCGGUUGCUGUUGCUGCCAGUGUGCAGCCUUAAGAAUCAUGGUCCACUGCCUGUGCUAGCCCAGGCCUGAACAGGCAUUCUCUAUCAACAGUGCCAAAUUUCAAGAUGAUGUUUUGUGCCCAUCCCAGUUGGCCCAGCGGAGAGUCUGCCUACUCCCUGUGACCCCAGGCCAAAUCUGGACCAAGUUCCCUGCAUUUGACUGGCCCAGUCUGUGCUAUUGCCACUGACUCUUCUCCUUGGGAUGGGAUGAGAGCUGUCUCUGCUCUGCUGUCUCCACUGCCAAAACCCUGUCCUGCUUUGCUGUGGAAAGAGGGAGGGGCAGCAGGUUUCAUGCCAAAUUGAUUCUGAGCUGCCUGGGCCUUCUGCUCAGGGCCUCUCUGGGCUGGGGUUGGAGUGAGGGAUGCAGGAGCUGGAGGCUCAGCCCGAAUGAGGCUCUGUGCCAACUCCCAAGUAUCUGAAGGACUCUGUACAUAUCUCUGUGCCAAGAGGCCAGGCUGGGUUUGAAAAACUGGGCCUGCUCUUCCCCUCCCUUCCAGUAUCCCCUGUAUUAACAGCUUCCCUGCACCCAGCAGUGUUAGGAUUUCUCUCUCAAGAUAGGGAGGAAUCUCAGGUUGCAUUAACCCUGUACCCCUCCUCCUCCCAUUUGUGGUUAACAGAGGGGGUCGGGUUUGGGUGGACGGCUUUCGGUUGGGGAUCAGGUCUCGCCCCAUGAUCUCAUGCCCCAAGUGCAUGCGAUUGCCUCUGCUGCAUGCCCCCACCCCCAUGUGAUGAGUUCUGCCUGUUCUGCCACCUGACUUCCAUAUUGCUCCGAGGGUGAUUGACCCUAGAAGGGGAGAGUUCUCCUGCAGUGUCUGUAAAUAUUGAUCUCUGGUUUGUCUCUCUGGGUUAUUAUUAUGGAUUUUUUGCCGAUUUUUGAAUGUGAUUUUAAUGAGUGGGAUAAAAGACUGUUUUUAUAAUAAAAAAAUCCAAAACCCACAA